GAGGUGGAGUGCUGGUUAUGGAGGCCAGGGAGGCCAAUGUGGCGAAGGCGGCAGUGAGGACCCCGAAGUGCUCCCGCUGCCGUAACCACGGCUUCGUGGUGCCGGUGAAGGGCCACGCCGGGCAGUGCCGCUGGAAGCUGUGCCUCUGCGACAAGUGCUCCCUCAUCACCGAGCGCCAGAAGAUCAUGGCUGCCCAGAAGGCCCUGAGGCAGCAGGUGCCCGACUGUCCGAGCAGGGCGGCCAUGGGCCCUGUUCCCCCAGGGGAAGGCCCCAGGGUGGCUGCAGGAGCAGCCAUUGGCCCUGAGCAGAGCAGCCAUGAGGGAACAAAAGGCGGCCAGCCCAUCGGUGGCAGUGACAAAGGCAUGGCACGCAGGGGGCUGCCACCACCUCCUGGUGGCCCUCCCUUCUGGGACUACGCUCACCCUGCUUUUCCUCCAGAAUAUAUGGUCAACUCAGAAUACAUGGAGAGAGACCCUCCAAAAGUGUACCCUGGCUGUUCUGGGGUGUAUCCUUACCACCCAUUUCCAAUGGGAUUCGCCAUCAAUCAGCCAAGCUGUAGGGGAGCGCCAUCACCUCCAGGGAUACAACUUCAGAAAGGUUUCCGACAUGUUCCUGGCAACUAUGGGGCAGGGAAUGCAGCUUCUGUGUCAAUUCCAGAUGGAGGUGGAGAUUUCCAUCAAGGAUACUACGCUCCUCUGCCUCAGUUCAUCCCACCAAGUUUUCUGCCAGGGGUUCAUUACAUUCCACCUCCCCUUUCGCUGAACAUGUUGGCUGAAACAACCAAGGAAGAACAUGCUACUGCAGCUGACAGCCAGGAUUCAGGGGUUGUUUGUGAAUCUAGCCAGCCAUCUUCGUCCCCAGAAGAAGCAAGUGGAGACCAAUCUGUAUAUUCUAAACAGUAAAUGGCUUGGAGAAAAGCUGAGGGGCAGGCAGCAUUAUUUUCAUUAUUGAGGAGAGUGUUAGUUGAUAGAAGGCUAGACUAACAGUUAGUUACUGAGCAGUCACAAAAGCUAAAAGAAGGGGAUUAGUCCCCUGCUCACUUUAUGAUCAUGUCAGAGCUCUCACAGCUCUGCUCCCCAGGAGCUCCUCAUUCCUCUGCUGUAAAGUUUGUUCACAAAAAAGGUUUUCCAAAGCCAAGGUAAAUCCCAUCCUCCCUAAGCAGGUGGAAGCAGGAAGGAUUAUGACUUUGAUUUUGGGUUCCUUUGCUGAGGUUGGAUGACUCUUUGAUUUUAGAGUGAGAUCUCCAAGCCAUGUACACUGUAGCUUUCUCUUGUUCAUGACGGUAAUGAAAAAUGUGUUGUUUGUAUAUCAUUUUGCUGUAAAGGAAACCUAGUUCUGAAUAUUAUGGAAGAGUUAAGUUAUGUAGAGCCUGAAGACUGAGUGAGAGAAGAUGGGAAGACAGUCUGGGUUGCUGAUUUACCUGGCUGACUAAGAAUUCUCUGGAUUCAGCAGGCUAAGGGAGCAACAAGUGCUUGGUAUGCUUGUCAAGAGGGGCAUGGUGGGAAUUUACAGAAAGGCCUGAUACAGGCUGAAAUACAGUGCCUCUGCAUUGAGUUGCAGUGCUUCUGGGUGAACUGCCUUUAAGGCACCUGCCCUUCAAUAUAGGAACAAUCUGAUUUGGAAUCACUUCUUGUCACACAGGCUUCAAGACUCUGAGUGCCUUUGCUGGUUUAUACCUUAUUUCCAUGUUGUGUAACUCAGUGCAGCUGACAAACUACCAUUUGUUUCUAAAGGACUCGUGUAGACAGCUUUAUGCCUGUGUACUGGAGGUGCAUUUUGCAAUAUUAAAGGUGUGAAGAGAUUGCCUUGGAAAGCAGGACAAAA